GCGAUCCGGUGUGUUUCUUUGUUACCAUUAUUAUUACGCAUAGCAAGUGCGAUUCACCUCGUCUACGAACGCAGUCUCUUUUACUCUCCUUUGAUGAUCUCCGUUUCUUUCUCCUUCGCUCGUUCAGUUCAAUCUGAAAUAAAUAAAUAAAUAAAUAAAUAUAUAUAUAUUAUAUCUGCUCUUUUACUUCUUUCCGUUUGCUUGGAGCGUCAUGUCUGCCGAUCGUGGUGGGCGCCGCGGCGGAAACAACCGCACGGUGACCGUUCUGUCCGCCCGGUGCCAUCGCCUUCUUUUGGCGUUCGUGUUUCUGUUUGACGUGCUGUCCACAAUCGGAGCGUUGGUGGUGAGUAACGUGGGAAGGUGGGACGCACUGGAUUGGCACAGCUUGAUCGACUGGCGACACAACGCUCUUGAUCUAUGCGCGCUGCUGCUGCUUCGCUUGACGGCCGUCGUGAUUAUUCGCGUGCCCAUCGCUCGCCUCCUUACCGCGGACGACGAAGUGACCGACGAAGGCGCGGCGGCGUCAGGGGAGGACGCCGCUCCGCAGCACGGCGACUACGCACCUCUGCCCACGGAGGACGCAUCCGACGCCGAGGACCGCUUUGCGGCGGUGCGCCGUCAGUCGGUGCUGCGUCAGCGCAACAAGCGCAUCAAAACCGUCACUCUCUUCACCACCUUUGUGCUCUUCACGCUGUGCAACGCGGCGGUGGCGCUGAAGUGCCUCUUCUUUGAGUUCUCUCUUCCCCCGCUGCAGCCGGUGCUGAUGGCCAUUACGGUGCUCUGGGUGAACCUGGAAGUGUUCUCGCUGGACUCCUACCUCGGCGACAUGAUCGGCAGCGCUGAUGUGCUGAAGCCCCACCUGCACCCGCACCCACUUCGCUUCAACCACUGCGUGCAGGCGACUAAGUGUGACCUCUGCAACCAGCGCAUUAUUAAGGAGGACUUUGAGUGCGGCUCGUGCGACUUCGACUGCUGCCUGAACUGCUACCGGCACAAGGCGAUGGUGUCGGCAGAGAACGACCUGACGCGCGGGGACCGGGGCAUCGCCACGGACACGCAGCAGCUCUCGCCCUUUGUGUACAUCUGGCGUUCCCUCAGCUUCCUCAUUCCGUACUGGCGCAUCGUGGCCGUGUCCAUCGGGUGCCUCGUCGUGAACCAGCUCAUUCGCGUAUCCCUGCCAAACUACCAAGGCAAGGUGCUCGACUCUAUCGUGAACAAGAACAGUGGCAACUUCUGGUACUACAUUCAGUGCUACUGCGCGCUGUCCGCCAUCACGCUGGUGCUCGGCAGCGCCCGUUCCUUCUGCAGCAUUUUGGUGACGCGCAACCUGACGAUGGGGAUGCGGGCGCACCUCUUCGCGAAGCUCAUCUACCGCGACAUCUCGUUUUUCGACGGCACCACCGUCGGGUCGCUGACGGCGCGCAUGACGAACGACGUCCAGGCCACCAUCCAGCCCGUGCAGACCCUCAUGAACUCUGUGCUGUCGAACGUCAUUACGCUGAUUGGUGCGAUUGCGAUGUGCAUGAUGGUGUCGUGGCGCCUCGCCAUGAUCACCCUGACGGUGGUCGGCCCCAUCGUCUUCAUCACCGGGACGUACGCCCGCUGGUCCGCCCGCAUCAACCGCGGUGUGUGGGACGCGCUCGCGCAGGCGAACAGCACCGCGACGGAGGCCUUCUCGAACAUCCGCACCAUCCGCGCCUUCUCCACCGAGGAGUACGAAAAGCAGAAGUUUGAGUCCUCCAUGGACGACGCGCUCAGCCGGACGCUGCGCGACGCCAUCGCCUUCUCCGGCACGUCUCUCGCCACCAGCCUUAUGGACCUCGGCUCGAGUGCGGUGCUCCUCGGCUUCGGUGGCUACAUGAUCAUGACGCGGCCGAACGAGUUGACGGUGGGCCAGCUCGUCACCUUCCAGCUCUACUCUGGGAUGAUGAACUCUGCCUACCAGGGCCUCAAUGGCGUGCUGAACCAAUUCACGAAGAGCGCCGGUGCGGCGGAGCGGGUGCUGACGAUGCUGGAUGGAGAGCCGCACAUCGUGCCGAACCAGGGAGUGGAGCUGCCGGUGCUGGAGGGCACGAUGGAGCUCCACGGCGUGCGCUUUCAUUACCAAAUGCGUCCCGAUCGCGUCGUGUUGAACAACCUCAGCGUGCGCUUUCCGCGCAACACCGUCACGGCGAUCGUCGGCCGCUCCGGUGGGGGCAAGUCCACGCUGAUGCACCUGCUGCUGCGCAUGUACGACCCGCAGGAGGGCAGCGUUACCAUCGAUGGACACGACAUCCGCGACGUGUCGCUCACGUGGCUGCACCAUCAGUGCGCCGUGGUAGCCCAAGACACGCAGCUCUUUAACUGCUCCAUCGAGGAGAACAUCAGCUACGGACUCACCAACGUCUCGCACGAGGACGUGGUGGCAGCGGCGAAGGCGGCCAACGCGCACGACUUCAUCGUGAGCUUCCCGGAGGACUACGGCACCUUUGUGGGCGAGCGCGGAGUGCGGCUGAGCGGGGGGCAGCGGCAGCGCAUUGCGAUCGCACGUGCGCUGCUGCGCAAGCCGCGUCUGCUGCUGCUCGACGAGGCCACCAGCGCCCUCGAUUCAGAGUCGGAGUCGUUAGUGCAGCGGGCUCUGGACCGGCUCAUCGCCAACCUCCAGCAAAGCUGUACAAUCAUCGUCAUCGCGCACCGCCUCUCCACCAUCGCCAAUGCGAACAACAUCGUCGUCAUCGACGCCGGUGCGGCUGUGGAACAGGGCACCCACGACGAGCUGCUACAGCGGCGCGGGGCGUACUGGCAGCUGGUGAUCCGCCAACUGCAGAGCGGCCACACUGUCCUCGACUUCGACGAGGCAGACGGCGUCGACUCGUCUAACCUUCCGCCGUCGGAUGGGGGCCGCGAGCAGAGGCGUGAGGAUGGCAGCCUCGACAGUGGUCGCUGA